ACGCUAUUGUCACGAGAGGUUUGGGGGCAGUGAUGGCGGACUUGUUUGAUGCGAAAUGCUAGACUGUUGUUUAUAAUAUUAAAAAUCCAAUUUAUUUGUGAAUUUGUAUAAUAGCGUAGUUAAUCAUGAACUUGGGUUUAUCAAACCCGUACGGAAAUGGAUUGUUAUACGCUGGCUUUAACCAGGAUCAAGGGUGUUUUGCAUGUGGAAUGGAAAAUGGAUUUCGUGUGUAUAACUGUGAUCCACUAAAAGAAAAAGAAAAACAAGAUUUUGCUGAUGGUGGUAUUGGUUAUGUUGAAAUGCUGUUCAGAUGUAAUUAUUUAGCUUUAGUUGGUGGCGGUAAACGACCUAGAUAUCCCCCAAACAAAGUAAUGGUAUGGGAUGAUUUGAAGAAAAAACAUGUUAUUGAAUUAGAAUUUUCAAGUGAUGUAAAAGCUGUUAAAUUAAGAAGAGACAGAAUUGUUGUUGUACUGGAGACAAUGAUAAAAGUUUAUACUUUUACUCAGAAUCCACAGCAACUUCAUAUAUUUGAAACAUGCACAAAUUCAAAAGGAUUGUGUGUGUUGUGUCCUAGUAGUGAUAACUCUUUAUUGGCUUUUCCGGGACGGAAAACUGGUCAUGUACAGAUUGUUGAUCUUGCAAAUACAGAAAAAGCUCCUUUAGACAUUUCUGUACAUGAAGCACCUCUGAGUUGUAUAGCUUUGGAUUUACCUGGUAAUAAAUUAGCCACAGCUUCAGAAAAGGGUACGCUGAUUCGAGUGUUUGACACAUCCAAUGGGUUUUUGAUGAAUGAACUAAGGAGAGGAGCAAAUAGUGCAAAUAUAUACUGUAUUAAUUUCAAUUUUAAUUCUUCACUUUUGUGUGUAUCAAGUGAUCAUGGAACAGUACACAUUUUUGCAGUUGAAGAUCCAAAAAAGAAUAAACAAUCAAGUUUGGCAUCUGCAUCAUUUCUGCCAAAAUAUUUUAGUUCCAAAUGGAGUUUUUCUCGCUUCCAAGUGCCUGGUGGAGCUUAUUGCAUUUGUGCUUUUGGGACUGACUCAAAUUCAGUAAUUGCAAUUUGUGCAGAUGGAAGCUACUACAAGUUUGUGUUCAAUGCUGCAAAAGGUGAAUGCAAUCGUGAUGUUUAUGCCCAAUUUUUGGAAAUGACAGAUGAUAAAGUUUAAUUACAUGAAUAACAGAAUUUGAUAAUUGUUACAAAUUCAACUACAUAUGAAAAGGAUUGAAUUUCUGUGAUCAGUCAGCCAUUCAUGAACUGUGCUUGCAUAUAUUUGCAAUUUAUACUGAAUUUACAAUAUUUAGUUGUUACAAUACUUUAUAUAAUUUGAAAAUUUUGCCUUUUUUUAAACAUAUGACAAAAAUCAAUUUUUCCUUUUCCUAUUUUUUUCAUUGAACCAAGUCCAAAAGUAGUUUCAUUUAGAAUAUAAGAUUCAUUCUUGUUAAGAGUUUGUUUUCUAAUCAAUAUUCUUUAUUUUUGAUCAUUGAUUUAAUGUACAUAUCUUUGUAUAAAAAAAAGAAAAAGAAAACAUUAAUUGCUUUUGUAAUUCUUGACAAGAAUCAGAAACAUGUCUUUUAGAAUAUCUUAAAUCAUAUUUGUAUUAUCUCAGAAAAAAAGUAUCUUCAUAAAUAGAGAAAGGUUCAGCAUGCUCAAAAUGUUACUUCAGAAAUAGAUUUAAUACAUUGGUAUUAUUUUUUAAAUAAUACCAGGAAAUUUUUUAUUACAGUGAUUAAAUCAUUGUGGUAUUACAGGAUGGAAUUAAUACAUAAAUACAUAAUUCUGUUCCAGUGUCGAUGUAAAUAAUUUCAUUGAAAUAAAUGGUGUUUUCCUACAUUUGUGUAAAAAUGAUUUGAGAGAAGUAUGUCAUAUCUUUAUCUUUUAUGUAUAGAUAUAAAUAGCAAAGAAUAAAUAUUAAAAUAAAUUCUAAAUUCCAUAAAUUACAAUGAUGAUAUUCAGUUUGCAAAUAUUUAAUUGGCAUUUGUAUUUUCACUGGUCUAGACAAAAGCCAAAGUCCCCAUUAAAUUUUUCUUUAUUAUAAUUAUAUAAUUGAAUAUUACAGCAGAAAUUAAAAUAUAUACAGUAUUAUUAACAAUUUGCCCUUGGAUUGGUGAACUUUUGUGAUGUCAUGGCACAUAACUCUCAAACUCUUUCCUUGAGAUGACUUAAGUAAGGUGUAUGCAUUUUUGCUCCUAUGUGUUUGUUCUCAUGUUGAACAAUAAAAGCGGUACUGUUCAUAACUUGUGAGAUUUCCUUGGACAACAUCAUUAGCAUUCAUGGAUAAGGUACCAUUGGUGAAGAUGGAACCCUCUGGUUCUUACCUCACAAUUUAUUUGACUGCAGACUUGUAUCUGAAAACAUGAACUGAUGAGUCAUUUGUAUAAAAACAUACAAAUAGAAUGUGAUAAGAUAUAUUUUACACUGUACAAUUCCUAUGACUAUCACUUUACUCUGGCUGAGACUUUUGAUAUGGCAGCUAUGAGGGGGCUAAGUUCUUUCAGCUUAGUCAGUAGUGCCCAUAUGCAGUAUAUGUAUGUACUUUUGCAUUCAUCACAUAAACUUAGGCUACUGUUACAUGUUUUUGCAAGUAAACUAUACAGUAGCUAAUAGGCCUAGUGCUGGCUGAAAAAAAUACCAGUCACAAUUUUUUCAGUUUGCUCCUCUAGUCCCCACAAUGACUUAUUUCUGGCUAUGAAACUGCUGUUGAUAGUCAUAGCAGUUCCUUAGCCAGGAAUACAUCAUGCCAUAGCCACAGCAGUUUCAGAAACAACAAAGUAUCUAUAACUGUACAUUUACUUUUUGCUAUCUUUUAGUGUUCUUAUAUAAAUUUAAGUGCAUAAACAAAAUUUUUAUCUGCUGAAUUAUUGUGCUAAGUUAAUAAUUAAAUACAAAGUAACUUGUCUAGAGGUAGGCAGUUAAGCCACCAUCUUGUGAUGAUUUUAAUUUAGAAUUUCUGGAGGAAAAGAGUUUGCCUGGAUUGGGACUCAAAUCCUCAACUUCUGCUUACCGUGCAGACACAUUGUCAGUUAUGCUGCCUGGAUCUCAGUCCAAUCUUUGCUUCCAUAGCUAUUAAUUUAGAUAUAAUCAUACAGGUUGGUCACAGUGCUAACUGGGAAUGACUUUAAGCACCCACAGCUCUCCCCAUUGACACUCAGUUAGCUAUUGCUUUACCAUGGCAUGAUGUAUAUGUAUAUACACAUACACACACAUAGACAACUCAAGAACUUAAGAUGUUAAAAUAUAUUCUUUAAAAAUAUAUAUAAAAUGUGACAUAUUGCAUUAAAGCAUGUAUGAUACCAUUGGGGGGAGGAGAUAUUUGCCCAAUAUUUUUGUACCAAACUGUCCCCCUCCCAGUAUAUUUAUUUGUCAUGUUUGGUAUAAAAUACAAUGUUAUGUUGUACAGUAUAUUCACUCAAAACCUGAAAAUGAGAAAUGUUUCUUAGUUGAUGUUGGCCCAUCCCUCCAAUGUUUGUACAGAUUGACCCCAGUGUAUGAUACUGAUUAAUGAUGAAUGUGGUCACAAGGAUCAUUCCCCUCCCCUUUGUCACAAUGCAUCAUUCUGAAUUAUUCUCUCUCUCCAUGAAGUGUGAACACUUAUGGAGACCCUAAUGUUGUAUCAAUGAUGACAACUAAUGUGACAUCACUUGUCAGGGAGGGUUCUUUCUCAUAAUGUGACAAUGAAUGACAUGGGAGGAAAAGGGCUAAUUAGAAAUGUGGAAUUUUAGUAUGACAUCAUUUAUGGAUGGUACCUUUAAUAAAUCUGACCUCACCAAGAUGGUCAUCCGUGAUGAUCUUAAUUUAUUAGCGAGGUUGAGGCCAAAGUUUUAAAUG